AUGUUGCCCCUGUUAGUGAUUUCUCUACUAAUUCUGGAAGCAUUCACUCCAUGCAGUGGCCAGGAAAGCCUCCAGGUUUCAAUUCAAAUGAAUGGCAUUAGAGGCACUGUUAGUUUUGUAAAAACUUUGGUGACUUUGACGGUGAAUGUCACACUCUCAGAAAAUUUGGGAACCGGACAAGUCACAAUGGAAGUGCGGCCAAUCUGGGUGAAUUAUGAUGUUGCUGAUAAAUGCAGUACCGCCCAGCUAGGAGUUGCCAUACCUGAGUUGUCGCAAAGUGUCCUCUUCGCAAACAACUCUGGUGCUUUUGUGUUUCAAUACAAAGAAAGUUUAGCUUCACUGGGAGGCUAUUCAAUAGUGCUGAUUGGUACCAGUAAAACAGUCUGCGCCAGCAUUGAGUCAGUCCAGAACCAUACCACAGCUUAUGCACAAUUCCAGGACUCUGUACAGGGAACUGUGUAUUUCCGACAAGCUAUCAAUAGCUCAUACACACGUAUUGUCAGUGAUCUGUUUUCAAACAACGGACCAUACACCAGCACUUGGUUCAUCUCUGAUUCUUAUAACAAUUGUUCCUUGGUGACUUCUUCAUCCCAGUUAAAUGUGUACAACCCAAACAAAGUUCCUCAGACUGGAUGUUCAAAUACUUCUCAAGACAUUUGUGCUGUAGGGCACUUAUCUGGUAAACUCGGAAAUGCUUCCAUUGGUCAAAACAAGAUGGAAAGCCGACUAGGCUACACUGACAGGAACCUUUAUUCUCUAGAUGCCUUAAAUGAAAAAUUAUUGAUUAUUUUAACCUCAAGUGGAAGUCAUGUUUGCUCUGUCAUCAGAGUUUUUGCACCACGGCAAGCAAUGGUUGAGUUCAGCCAUGAUGGGGUAACAGGAGCGGUCAAUUUCUUCCAGGCUAAUCCAUUUGAUCCAACAACCACACAUGUUCACCUGAGAGGUCUCAAUAAUAUGGCCAAGGGGUACCAUGUCCACAUGUGGCCUGUUCCAGUUAAAAUUGUAGAGGGUCAAGAUCUGUGUGGUCCAAAUAUCGUAAGUGGUCAUUUGAAUCCUUACAAUAAGACUGUCACUGAUCCUAGUUACCCUGCACCUGAUGCUAGCACAGAUGAUAUGUAUGAAGUUGGAGAUCUUAGUUCUAAAUAUGGGACCCUGGAAAAUCGUCAAGAAAUUAAUCUGACCUACACCGAUCUCAAUCUGCCAUUAUUUGGUCAUAACAGUAUUAUUGGACGCUCUUUAGUAAUUCAUCGAAAUGAUGCCACUGCUAGCAGAUGGUUGUGUUCCAAUAUUUGGCCAGUGAAAAGUGUAAUGGUUGCUGUUGCUGUGUUUAAAUAUCCUGUGAUUGGUGAAAUUAUAUUCACGCAAACAGAGGCUUACUCAGAGACAACAGUGUUUGCCCGACUGGACUAUAAUGAUGGAAGGUCUGCAACAAUGAGUCACAAGUGGGCAAUCAAAACAAAUAUGGUAGGACAUGACAUGCUGGUAGAAGAUGAAACUCGUUGCAAAUCAACAGGCAUCACUUAUGACCCCCGUAAUUUUGGUGCUCUAAUAGAAAUGUCUCAGUACAGUAACUACUGCAGUAAGAACUCGCCACUAGGAUGCAUGCUUGGUGACCUCUCUGGCAGACUGGGAUUUGUUAACAUCCGCAACGCUGCUGGGACAACAGAUACUUCAGCUAAGCAGUUUUUCAUCGAUGUGAAUCUACCCAUAUCUGGUCAGUUUUCAGUGGUUGGCAGAUCUGUUGCUAUUAUGAAUGACCAAGGGACAAGCAUACUAGCUUGUGCAAAUAUCCAAUAUUUAAAGCAGCCAAGGCUUACAGCCAUGUUUUCAAUGGAAGGGAUUGGAUCACAUAUAUUGUUUAUGCAGGAACCUGGCUUUGGUGUAUACAAAACAUCAGUGCAAAAUUCAUUAACUGGUCUUAAGGAUAACCACAGGCUGUUUAUCUACGAACUUCCACCAUCAGCUAGCAAUGGUCUAAUUUCAUGCUCUAACCUUGGAAGCAUCUUUAAUCCAUUGAACAUUACACAGAAUGCUUCCAUGCCAGCAACAGAUGAUAAAUAUAUGAUUGGGGAUUUGUCCAGUAAGGGAAUUAAUGCAUCGUGGAGCAGCUACAACCUGCCACUGACAGGACUGACUGGUAUCAAUGGAAGAUCUCUUGUUGUUGUCGACCAAAGCAGUCAGAAUAAAGUGCUAGCCUGUGCAAAAAUUGUUGCCGCUGUUGGGGCACCAUCACCUCCAUCUCAAAUUAUUGAAGCUGUAUCAACUUUUACCGGUAGUGUUAAUGGGACAGUGCAUUUGUUUCAGACAAUAUAUAAUGAUGGAACUAUGAGUGAUACCUCCAUUUUGGUAGAACUGAAUAACCAAAAUGGCCAAAAGAGCCUGCAUCAUAACUGGCAUACACAUCGAAAUCCCAUUGGAAGGGACGCUAAUGUUGAACAGUCCAGGUGUAUGAGUGCUGGGCCCCACUUUGAUCCUUACGUGACUAUGAAAAAUCAGAGCAACUAUGUCAUUGAAUGUAAACCUACAAAUCCUCUGCGAUGUGAGCUGGGAGACCAGUCUUCAAAACUUUCCACUUAUGAUAUUGGUGGUGGAGCUAAACUGUACAAUGAUGUUGAUUUGCCUCUGUAUGGCAACGAUUCUGUCCUAGGAAGAUCAAUGGUUUUUCAUGUACAAGAAAAAGGAACUGGCAGAUUGGCUUGUGCAGACAUUAUUCCUGUGACUGAUGUUUUUGUCACCGUCAAUGUUAAAAAUGGAAACAUAUCAGACAG